UGUGGCAAAUUAACGGCAACCAAAGCGGAACCGAUAAGCUUUUAACGUUUUUAGACGGUACGGUUAUGUGAAGGGACUGUUUGUUCAUCAGCUGAUCCAUCUCGACAAAAGAUCAUGAGCAAAGACUCCCAGAUGAGGGCUGCAAUAAACCAAAAGCUGAUAGAAAUGGGGGAACGGGAGCGGUUGAAAGAGUUGCUCAGGGCAAAGCUGGUGGAGUGUGGAUGGAAGGAUCAGCUGAAAGCACAGUGCAAAGAUGUGAUCAAAGAAAAGGGUCUGGAGCAUGUCACAGUGGAGGACCUGGUCACAGAAGUCACACCAAAAGGCAGAGCACUCGUUCCAGACAGUGUGAAGAAAGAGCUCCUGCAGAGAAUCAGAGCUUUUCUAGCUCAACACGCAACCUUGUGAAUGAGACGAUUCCCGUCUAGACAUUUUUUUACUCACUGUAGAUUCACAAUUAAAAUCCAAACUGUUCUCAUUGUGAGCAAUGCUGAAGUGUUAUUUUUAUUUUGUAUUGUGUGUUUUCAUAUUGAUUUUAGUUUGUUAUGCAUCAGUUUUGGAAAAAAUAAAUAAAGUCAUGCCUAUUUUGGUCA